AUGUCGCUAACGCAACUUUCAUCGACUUCGAUUUCUUCUUCUUCCUCUGCUUUUUUAGCUGCACCUACUACCUUCAAAGCCAGAAACCAGAAUGUUUCGAUCGCGUCGAAGAAGCUUUCUACUUGUAGGUGUGUUGCUGCUCCUCAAGAACAGAAAACCGGCUACACUACUAAGGUCUCUCGUAAUGCAAAUAUGGCAAAGCUUCAAGCUGGUUACUUAUUUCCAGAGGUUGCUCGAAGGAGGAAUGCUCACAUGCUGAAAUACCCUGAUGCAAAAGUGAUAAGCCUUGGAAUUGGUGACACUACGGAACCUAUUCCAGAAGUUAUAACUUCUGCAAUGGCAAAGAGAGCAGAAGCAUUGUCUACUCGUGAGGGUUACAGUGGUUAUGGACCCGAACAAGGUGAAAAGCCAUUGAGAUCUGCAAUUGCUUCAACAUUUUAUGGAGGCCUUGGCAUUGAAGAUGAUGAUAUAUUUGUCUCUGAUGGUGCCAAAUGUGACAUAUCUCGCCUCCAGAUGAUAUUUGGGGCAAAUGUGACCAUGGCAGUGCAAGAUCCAUCAUAUCCGGCUUAUGUCGACUCAAGUGUCAUUAUGGGCCAGACUGGACAGUUUCAGAAAGACGUUGCGAAGUAUGGAAAGGUUGAAUACAUGAGGUGUACUCCAGAGAAUGGUUUUUUCCCUGAUUUAUCUAAAGUUUCUCGAACAGAUAUCAUAUAUUUCUGUUCGCCGAACAAUCCUACUGGUUCUGCUGCAACAAGGGAGCAACUGACCCGGCUAGUACAAUUUGCAAAAGACAAUGGAUCAAUUAUUGUCUAUGAUUCAGCAUAUGCCAAGUAUAUGUCUGAUGAUAACCCACAAUCCAUAUUUGAAAUUCCGGGAGCUCAAGAGGUUGCUUUGGAGACAUCAUCUUUUAGUAAGUAUGCUGGGUUCACUGGAGUUCGGCUAGGUUGGACUGUUGUUCCAAAGCAGCUUCUCUAUUCUGAUGGGUUCCCAGUGGCAAAGGACUUCAACCGUAUUGUUUGUACUAGCUUUAAUGGGGCAUCCAACAUUUGCCAAGCUGGUGGUCUGGCUUGCCUUUCCCCUGAAGGCCUUAAGGCAAUGAGUGAGGUGAUUGGAUUUUACAAAGAAAAUACCAACAUUAUAAUGGAUACAUUCAACUCGCUCGGUUUCAAUGCAUAUGGAGGAAAGAAUGCACCAUAUGUGUGGGUCCACUUCCCUGGCCAAAGCUCAUGGGAUGUGUUCAGUGAGAUUCUUGAGAAGACUCAUGUGGUUACCACACCUGGGAGUGGUUUUGGACCUGGUGGUGAGGGUUUUAUCAGAGUCAGUGCUUUUGGCCACAGGGAAAAUGUUUUAGAAGCCUGCAGAAGAUUCAAGCAGCUUUACAAGUGA